CGUCAUCCGACCGGGGACGGUCUUGAAAAAGGCGGCUCAAAUCCACUUCACAGCCCCGUUGGAUAGAACACAUAGCAGAUAUAACUUUGUACAUAGAUGCUCAUCCGCUUCUGUUAAUACACAUUACCGCUUCAUCUUCCAUUUCAUUUUACUCUGUGAAUACCUCAGCCGGGGCGCCAAACAACUCGAACUAGGUCCAGUAACCCUCACCUUCAACAUGCCUGAUCAAAAGAAUUUCAAUGUUGGAGUAGUUGGAUAUGGCAUGUCUGCCAAGGUCUUCCAUAUCCCAUUCAUCAAACUCACCAAAGGCCUCACCCUGCACUCCAUCGUCCAGCGCAGCCCCAAACCCAACGACUCAGCUCCGCAGGACUACCCGGAAAUCCACCACCACACAUCAAUCGACACACUCGUAGCCGACCCAGCUCUGGACCUCGUGGUCAUCUCCACCACUCCAGACACCCACUACGCCUUUGUCAAGCAGGCCCUCGAGGCCGGCAAGCACGUCCUGGUCGAGAAGCCGUUCGUGCCGACGUCGGCCCAGGCCGUCGAGCUCGCCGAGCUGGCCCGCACCAAAGGCAAACUGCUUUGCGUGUAUCAGAACCGCCGAUGGGACGGCGACUUCGUCACGCUCCGACGGCUGCUCGAGGCCGGCGAGCUGGGCCGCGUCUGGGAGUUCGAGACGCACUUUGACCGCCACCGCGCCGCGCACCCGACCAACUGGAAGGCCAGCAUGACCAUGUCGCAGGGCGGCGGCGUCGUCUACGACCUGGGCACCCACCUCGUCGACCAGGUCUACGUCCUCUUCGGCAAGCCCUCGGCCGUGAGCGCAAAGUUUGUGCGCCAGCGCGAGGGCCGCCUCGUCUCGGGUGUCAACGGCAUCGAGGACGAGCCCGACAGCGUCAACGCCGUGCUGAGCUACGCCGAUUCCGGCUUGCUGGUCCACGUGCGCAUCGGGGUGCUGAGCGUCGAGGCCGAGCAGCCUAGGUUCUGGGUCCGCGGCAGCCAGGGCACGUACCGCAAGACGGGGCUCGACACCCAGGAGGACCAGCUCAAGGCGGGCAUGAAGGGGACCGAGCCCGAGUUUGGUAGGGAUGAGAAGCCUGGCCGGCUGGCCAAGUUGUCUGCUGAGGGCAAGGCGCAAGAGGUCGCGCAUCCAAAUGUAGACCCGCCUGCUACGUACCUGCAGCUUUAUAGGGGGCUUGCCGCCGCGCUGACAUCCGGGAAGGAAGAGGAUUGUCCCGUGCCCGCGGCCCAGGCCGCUGAGGUGCUGAAGAUCAUCGAGGCUAUGCGGGAGAGUGCCAAGACUGGAAGGGAUGUGGUGCCUGCUUAGGUGGGAGUUGGACUAAGUUUGAUUUCUUGGCUGAAUAGGUAUAUAUGAUGUUUAGAGACGCUUGUUAGCAUGCCAUUUUUCUCGAUUGCCUACUCGUCAGUUAGGGUUGUUUAUUUGAUAUGAUGUUGUCACUGCCCCUGUUCGUUGACGGUCAACGUCGUUAUCUGAGCCACGACUUUGUAACCUACC